AUGGCGGCGGCUAAAAUGACCAACUUGCCAGGAUUAAUAACUGAAUGUCAGAGUUUGCCAAAAGCGGUUCUGGUCGAAAAGUUACUCGAAGAUAAAGACGUUGAAGAACUGUCAAAUCUAAAAUUGAAACUUUACGAAAAGUGCAAAUAUAUAAAGGGUUUUCCUAAUGGAGAAUUUUACCAGAGGAGAAAACCGAAAGGCACAAGUUCUUACUCUAGCCUAGAGGAUAGGCUUGCUGACGAUGUGUAUGAACUAAUGACUUGUUUAGACACUGAAAUCAUCACUUCAGAAAUAAAAGGUAUGAUCAAGAAAAAUAGCGAUAUAUCAGCUGUGGAAAUUGACAAUGAAUCUGAGCGUGUUUUUACGCCAAAUAACAAUGAAACUCAUAACAGUCCAGUUACAAUGAAUCGGUCAAGCGGCUGGACUGGAAUGAAGAGCAAGCUUGCUUCUUUGGAAGCCGGACAGAUCAUCUUUCGUGAAGGGCUUACACGGGAAAUAAACGAACUGUCUUCUAAAAUAAUCAAUCUAAAGAAGAUUGUCGAAGAAAAGAGAGAAGAGAUAAAAACAGUAAAGACUGAGAACGAACUACAGCGAGAGGAGAUAAAUGCGAUCAAAGCUGAAAUUAAAGAACUGCGCUGUUUCCAUGCCAAGAUUGCUACGAAGUGUAACAAAUUUGUUGCACUCAGCAGCACAAGAAAGCAUUCCAAGAAAGAAAUUCAGGAAAAACCGGAGCCCUUACUGGAAAAAGGGUUUAAACAAGUUUCAUAAGAAAUGCAGAGAAUGUAGAAAAAGAUGGUUACAGAAUGGAAAAUCACAAGAUCGUGAGAACAUUUACUAUAGAGAAUAUAAAGAAGCGAAACGUCUAUUUAGGAAAGAACUGAGAAAAAAGAUAUAUUUAGAAGAACAAAAACAAUUUGAAUCGUUGGAAAAGCAUUACGAGACUGACCGUAGCACAUUCUUUAAAAUCACCUCGAGCAUUCGUAAGAAAAAAGAAGUGACCAUUCAAGGGCUAAAGGUGGACAGAACCUUAAUAUACGAUCCAGAAGAUGUUCUGUCUGUGUGGGAAAAGCACUACAGUGAUUUGCUCACACCUAAAACAAAUCCUAAGUACGAUGACGAGUUUCGAAGGUUUGUGGAGGCAAAAUAAAAGAGUAUGAGAGUGAAAGUUUCAAUGCAGAAAAUGAUCCGUUAGACAAUGCAGUUACAGAACAUGAAGUGCUAGACGUUUGUUCCAAGUUGCCAAAUGGAAAGGCGUCCGGACCCGAUGGUUUAACGCAGGGUUUAUUUUAACGUGCAGUUCUACACAGAAUGUGCAGUUCUAAACCCAUUUGUGCAGUUCUUAAAACACAAAUGUGCAGUCACCAAACUAACAAAAAUAGCCUUAAUUAAAACAGUCUUCUGAUUUACUCGUUACCCUUAGGGAUGCUCCAGAAAAUUCCAGAAAUGCUGUCAUUAAUUGAGCAUUAAAAAUAUAAACGAUUUCUGGUGGAGAACUCCAGACCCCAGCUCCUAUUUUCCUCACAAAUCACUUACGUGUUGGGGUAAUGGAAAAGAAGGUAAAAUUGGGGCGAGCCAAGCUCCUCAACAUUAUUUGCUGCCUCAAAUGCGAACUUAAGGUUGUUAUAUAUUAAAUAUAUGAUUCCCAGUUACAUGUUUUGAAACAGUUUUUGUGAGUGGUUGGGUAAACAAAUCUUUGCUAGAACUUAACAACCUCUACUGUAGACUUGGGGAACACCCCUAGCUCCUGCACUCAAAAUCGAGUUUGUCUGGCCUUUCUCCAAUUCUAGCUCCCACCCAACCACACGAUUAUUCUGUCACCUAUAUGCAUGUAAAGAAUCCUUCGACCCCCCCUCCCAGUCAAACACCAGUUGCCUUAAUCGUAACAUCCCUAUGUGUGCAGUUCUAAAUUUUUCUUAAAAUAAACCCUGGUUUAACGUACGAACACAUAAAACAUGCAGGAAUCACCUUGACACCUAAAUUGACUAGAAUCUUUAACGCACUCAGAGAAUUUGAAAUAGUCUCUGAUAGCUUUGUUCUUGGAGACAUAAUAUCAUUAUUGAAAGGUGGGAAAAAAUAUCGAUUGAACAAAGAUCACUAUAGAGGCAUAACUCUUUUAAAUAUUAUCGGGAAAAUUUUUGAACGACUCGUAUUGCAACGUUGGUUACCUGUCUUUGAAGCCUGAGGCGUGCCGAAUCCAUUGCAGUUUGCUUAUCAAAAAAAUAAUUCUUGCAUAAAUGCAAGUCUUGUUCUCCAGGAAGCAGUUGCGCACAAUGUAAAACGAGGGUGCAAAGUUUACUGUUGCUUCCUGGACUCUGCCAAAGCCUUUGAUACAGUAUGGAUUGACGGACUGUUUUUCAAAUUGCACAAUAAUGGCAUGAAUGGUAAAUCGUGGCGAUUCAUGCGUAAUUGGUAUAAGAGACAAACAAGCAGAGUUCGAGCAAAUGGUCUGAUAUCAGAGAAAUUUCCUGUACAGCAAGGUGUGCGCCAAGGAGGAGUAUUAUCACCUUGGUUAUUUCUAUGUUUUAAUAAUGACAUCCCGCAAAUUCUCACCAAACAUUGUGACAUGCUAACAGUGAAUUCUAUUCCUUGUAAUUCAGUUAUGCUGAUGACAUAACAAUUCUUUCGACUAGGGUCAAAGGAUUACAAGAACAGCUUGACACUCUGGAAUCCUACAGCUGUCGUUGGCGUUUCGACUUUAACACAAGCAAGACCAUUGCAGUUACAUUUGGAGAAACCACCAGGACAUUCAACAAGAAUAAUGCAACCAGGAACUGGAAGUUAUACAAUGCUAAAGUAGAAGAAAAGCGUAGCUGGACACACGUGGGCAUCGAAUUAUCUGGCGACUUCAAUGGUAAUGAUAGAACUAAGAGUGUAUGCAAAAAGGCUAAAGAAACUGUACACAGCUUGAUGAACCUUGGUGCCAGGAGUGGGGAACUUAAUCCGAUUUGCGGAGCUGGGUUAUGGAAAACAAAUUGGAUUCCCACAUGUUUGUAUGGUUGCGAGCUAUGGAAUACAUUAGGUACUACAGAACUUAACAAUCUAGAACGCGCACAACGAUACGCUGCCAAAAUUAUUCAAGGAUUGGGCCCAAAUACUCGUACGGAAGCAGCCCUCGGUAGCAUCCGAUUUUGGGAAAUGGAAGCCUACAUUGACAAGGCAAAGUUAGUCUAUUUUGGUAGAUUGUGUAUGCUAGGUCCGCAAACAACAACGAAGCAAGUGUUCAUCAAUCGGUUGUUCUCCUUCAGGUAUAGACAAGGCGAGGAAAGAGUUAUGGGUUUAUACCAGAUGUGA